UAUAGUCUAACAGUUGCAAUUACAAUCUACGUGUUACCUACGAUCGGUAUAUCCGUAUGUUAUAUAGGUAUAUGUGCUGUCUGGAUGAAAUGGAGCUCAAGAUUUAAUUUAUCACAGAAAGACACGACUGGAAGCAGCGACAAACUUCCGGGUGAGAGAUCAGAGAUCAAAGGACGUAUCUCAAAGGCGAAGAUAAAGAGCAUCAAAAUGACCCUGGUUGUAUGUUUGGCCUUUUUUAUUUGCUGGACGCCAUAUUUCCUAGUUAUGCUUAUAAGCAUUUAUCACCCAGGUACGAUUGAAACGAAAGCUUACCUGAUAUUAGGCUGUCUAUACCCACUCAACAGUGCCUGCAAUCCUAUAAUAUUUAUAAUGUUCAACCGCAAACAUUUCACUUGCCAACAAAAAAACCAACAGGUUGUACAGUCGAGUGAGGGCGCGAGCACAAGUGACGUCAACGUGACUAGGUGCAUUCCUUUGGAUGAUUACCCAGAUCCUUCGAAAAAUAAGAUCUAAAAUGAAUUCUGAGUCUACAUUUACAUUUGAUAAAAUUUACAUUUGAUAUAGCAUGCGUCAAUUUUCAGUCUGUGGAAAAUUGUGCUGUCUGACGUCAUGCGCUUUCCUUGGCGUUGAUUUCUGUUGAAGAUGUCAUAAUAACUAUAUUGAAAUAUUGUUUGUUUUAAAGAUUAAACAAUACCUUGCUUA